AUGUUGGCAGUCCCCCAGGAAUUUAUAUCAUCACUACCCUCUAAUGAUAAGCUUGCCCACGCCGGUCUAUUUUAUAUGGGUUCAAUUGAUCGAAUGUGUUGUUUUUAUUGUGGGUUAGUAUUAAGAGACUGGGAAUCCACUACUGAUCCUUUAGAAGUUCAUCAACAGUAUCACGGUGAUUGUUUCUUCAUCGUCACAUUGGUAAGUCGUAUAACUGGUAACGAUAAAGAUGUAAGUAGAACUCUACAG